AUGAACAGGCUGUUUGAUUUAGGGAUGAACGUGGUUUCUUCACUAUCGAGUCACCCCCUCCAAAAUAUUGCAGAAGGUGGACGGGCCCAGUUGGCGGCACAUCUCCAAAUCCGCGGGGGAGACCGUGUCGGACGAAGAUUCUGUGUAGCUCCCGAACAAGUUUCGGAGGCCAUGUCUGCAGAAUCCAUUUCAUCCGCAGGAGAGGAGGGACGCCUCAGCUCAGGACCCAGUUUUAGAUCCAGUCGGAGGAAGAUAUUAAACCUGCUUCUGGAGAGAGACACUUCCUUUACCACCUGUCCAGAUCUCCCUAGAACUCCAGUGAACAAACUCUUUGCUGAUUCUGCAAACCUAAGCGUUUUGUCUGGAGGAACCCCAAAAUGUUGCCUUGAUCUUUCGAAUCUUAGCGGUGGUGGAGAGAUGUCUGCCAAUCAACUUACCACUUCUGCAGACAUUGAUGAAAUUGGUCAUUUGGAUUCUAAAGGACCUCAGGAAAUACAUUUAACUGGGAUGAAUCAUCAACAGCACCUUACAAAAUGCAGCCCAGCACAGCUGCGUUGUAGCACUCCAAAUGCUUUGGACCAUGGCAACAGGAAGAAAGAUGCAAUAUGUAGCUCAUCCACAAAUAAAGAAAAUGACAAUGGAAACUUUUUGGAAAGUGAAAUGAAAUAUCUGGGCAGCCCCAUUACUACACUUCCAAAAUUGGAUAAAAAUCCAGAACUAGAAGAUCAAACAGAGGAGAUUUCCAAUGAAUUGAUGGAGUUUUCGCUGGAAGAUCAGGAAGAGCCCAAGGUAAGAAGCUCCUUGUAUCGCUCUCCUUCAUUGCCAGAGAAUUUGAACAGGCCAAGACUGAAGCAGGUGGUAAAAUUCAAGGACAACCUAGUACCAGAUAAAGAAAAAAAGUAUUGUUCUAGCCACAAAGAGCUCAGGAAGGGCUUAGGUCUAAAGAAGACAGUCUCUCUCUGUGACAUUAAUAUCACUCAGAUGCUGGAGGAAGAUUCUAACCAGGGCUCUCUGGUUGGUGAUUUCUCCAAGGUAUGUGUGCUGCCAACCGUGUCAGGGAGACACCAGGAUCUGAAGUACGUCAACCCAGAAACAGUGGCUGCCUUACUGUCAGGGAAGUUCCAGAGUCUGAUUGAGAAGUUUUAUAUCAUCGAUUGCCGCUAUCCAUAUGAGUACCUGGGAGGACACAUCCAGGGAGCCUUAAACUUGUACAGUCAGGAAGAACUGUAUGACUUCUUUCUGAAGAAGCCCAUUAUCCCUCUGGACACCCAGAAAAGAAUAAUCAUCGUGUUCCACUGUGAAUUCUCCUCAGAGAGGGGUCCCCGAAUGUGCCGCUCUCUGAGAGAAGAGGACAGGGCUCUGAACCAGUAUCCUGUAUUGUACUACCCAGAACUAUAUAUCCUCAAAGGGGGCUACAAAGACUUCUUUCCAGAAUAUACGGAGCUGUGCGAACCACAGAGCUACUGCCCUAUGCAUCAUCAAGACCAUAAGGCUGAGCUGCUGAGGUGUCGAAGCCAGAGCAAAGCAUGGGAAGGAGAGCGGCAGCUGCAGGAGCAGAUUGCCUUACUGGUGAAGGAUGUGAGCCCAUGA